CCCCGUGCCCGCGAGAGCCCCGCCCGCCUUCCGACGGGGGUGCGGCUCCAGGAAACGGCGCGCUCCGUGUUCAGUGCCACGGCGACCCGACGCGCCCCGGACGACCCCGACGACUCCGCCAGACCACCCGGCAGGCCCCAGAGGCAGCGGCGGGGACAGCAGCUCCGCGUCCGAGCCUCGGACACCAUCGCACAGACGGGGCGGGCAGCGCGGCCGGGAGCCUGGGAGGCCAUGGGGACCUGGGCGGGGCCAGCAGUCGCGGGCCAGCGGGAGCCCCGGGUCUGAAGAGCGCUAGGGCUGCGGGACGGCAGGGGCCAUGACCACGGUGUGGAAGCGCCUGCAGCGCGUAGGCAAGCGGGCCGCCAAGUUCCAGUUCGUGGCCUGUUACCACGAGCUGGUGGUGGAGUGCACCAAGAAAUGGCAACCGGAUAAGUUGACGGUGGUGUGGACCCGGCGGAACCGACGCAUCUGCUCCAAGGCCCACAGCUGGCAGCCGGGCAUCCAGAACCCGUACCGGGGCACCGUGGUGUGGAUGGUACCUGAGAACGUGGACAUCUCCGUGACCCUGUACAGGGACCCCCACGUGGACCAGUAUGAAGCCAAAGAGUGGACAUUUGUUAUUGAGAAUGAGUCCAAAGGGCAGCGGAAGGUGCUGGCCUCGGCCGAGGUGGACCUGGCCCGCCACGCGGGGCCCGUGCCUGUCCAGGUUCCGCUGCGGCUGCGGAUGAAGGCCAAGUCGGUGAAGGUGGUGCACGCGGAGCUGAGCCUCACCCUCUCGGGGGUGCUGGUGCGCGAGGGCCGUGCCACGGACGACGACAUGCAGAGCCUCGCGAGCCUCAUGAGCGUGAAGCCCGUUGACGUGGGCAACCUGGACGACUUUGCUGAGAGCGACGAGGAGGAGGCUAGCGUUCCGGGGGCCCCCGAGGCACGGGCCCGUGCCCCCCAGCCAGGCCGGGGCGGUGCCCUGAGGCCGGGGCUGUUCCCAGAUCCCUCUCGGGAGCUGAAGACACUUCGUGAGGAGGAUGAGGGCCGAGUUAGUCGGCCCCAGCAGGCAGCUGCCAGCCCUGCCAGUGCUGAGGAUGCCAGACCAGCCCCUGUGAGUGGCCCUGCGCCCCCAGUCAGGGCCUCCCGGGGCCAGGGGUCGGCACCCGCUACUGUAGCUGGGGGCCAGGUGGGGCCUGAAGCCCCAAGGCCCCCUGGAACCCCGCUGGAGACAAGGUCCUCAGAACACCCAGGCCAGGAUGUGGCCCCCGUCCCGGCCCCUCGGCUCCGGAAAGGCUCUGAUGCCCCCUGGCCCUCAGUGCCCCCAGGGAAGGAGGAGGCCCCCAAAGCCUCAGGGGCUCCCCAAGCAGGAGCGGGUUCUGCUGGGGAGGCCCAGGCUCAGGCAAGCCCUCAGGAAGGAGCAGAGGCCCAGGGGGCCAGGCCAAGCCCAGGCAUUGAGAACAGAGGCUGCAGAGACGCUUUGGGGGGACAGAAAGCCGAGGUUGAGGAAGGCGCCAUUGGGAACAGGACAGAGGCCAAUGGGGUGGACACUGAGCAGGUGUCAGGAGUCAGAGGAGUGACCCCUCAGAGGUCAGAGGUCAGAGCUGGGGAGGCUGAACAAAGUUCGGAAGUUGCUCGAGUGGAUGCUGAGCAGAGGUCAAAGGUGAGACCUGUGGACACUGCGGGACCAGAGGCUCCAGGGGUGACAUCUGAGGCAGGAUUCCAGGGAGCUCCUGAGGCCCCUCUGGGGGGCUCUCAGGAGAGCACAGGGGUCAGGCCCGGGAAUGAGGCUCCUGCUAUGCAGAGCUCACCCCCAGCAGAGCCUGCAGGGCGUUGUGGGCAUUUCAGCAACUCCCAGGGGGCCAGGGCUGCGGCAGGCCAGGAGAGAGAGGGUGCAGAGGUGAGAGGUGGGGCCUCUGGUGGCAGAGGGACAGGCCUGGAGCAGGGCCCCUCUGUUGGAGUAGCAAGCGCCGGGCCCCAGGUGAGCAGGUACCAGAAAGCUGCACCCACAGCAGACCAGGGGGUGAUGUCUAGGGAUCUGGGGCUCCAGGAGGCAAGAACUGGGGACUUGAGGGUCCUGGGAACAGAGACGGGAGUGGCAGAGUCAGAAGUCUGGGGGACCCAGGAGACAGAAACAGAGGGAUCAGCGUUCCCAAAGAGAGAGACUGGAACAGGAGAAGCUGAAAUAGUUGAGGCUCACGAGGCAGAGGCAGCGAGGUCGGGGCUCCUGGAAGCAGAAACUGCUGGGGUGGCAGAGCCUGAGAAACCAGAGACCCAGAAGUUGGAGGCUGGGGCUUCAGGAGUUCUGGAGACAGAGUCUAGGGUGGCAGAGGCUGCGACAUUGGGGACCCCGGAGAUAAAGGGGUCUCCGGGGGCACUGAGGAUAGAAGCUGAGGUAGCAGAACCUGUCAUAUUGGGAGCCCAGGAGACAGAGGUGGAAGGUUUGGGGGUGCCAGCAAUAGAAGCUGGGAGGGCAGAGCCUAAGAUAUUGGGGACCCAAGAGACAGAAGUGGGGAGUUCCGGGGUCUUAGCAAUAAAGUCUGAGAUACCGGGGACUCGGGAAGCAGAGUUAGGGGGUUCCGAGGUUCCAGGGUUCGAGUCUGAGACAGCAGAGGCAGAGAUAUCGGAGAUGCAGGAGAGAACAGCGGAGGGUCCAGGGGUCCCAGGGAUGCAGACUGUGACAGCAGGGGCCCAGGAGACAGGGGGGGACCAUUCAGGGGUCUCGGGGCUGGAGGCUGAGAUGGCAGAGGCUGAGCGACUGGGGACUCAACAGACAGGAACUGCAAUUUUGGAGGCUGAGAAGGCUAAGAUCUCGGGGUCCCCGGAGGCAGAGACUGGGCUCAGCCUCGCAAAGGAGGCAUUCGAGGCGCCAGUUCCUGAGCGUGGAGUUUUAGGGUCCCAGGGGGCAGAGGCAGACACUUCCGUUUUGAGGGUCCAGGAGGUGGAAGCUGAGGCCAAGUCUGGGGUUUGGGGGGCCCGUGAGGCAGCGAUGGAGGGCUUAGGUCUUCCAGAGAACCAAUCUGGUGUUUUUGAGGCCCAGGAAGCAGAAGCCGGGGUCUUGGGAACAGAGAAGGGGGAAGAAGCAGAGACCCGCCUGACUGAGGCGCAGGCGGCCAGUGGGGCAGGGGCUGGGGUGCCCGGGCCCUCAGGGGCCUCUCCCCCAGAGGAGCCUGAAGAGGACAGGAGGCUGCCGGGCAGCCAGGCGCUGCCCACCCUGGUCAGCUCCAGCCAGUCCCUACUGGAGUGGUGCCAGGAGGUCACCGCUGGCUACCGCGGCGUCCGAGUCACCAACUUCACGACGUCUUGGCGCAACGGUUUGGCCUUCUGUGCCAUCCUGCACCGAUUCUACCCAGACAAGAUAGACUACGCCUCCCUGAACCCCCUCAACAUCAAACAGAACAACAAGCAGGCCUUCGACGGCUUCGCGGCCCUGGGCGUGUCUCGGCUGUUGGAGCCCGCAGACAUGGUGCUGCUGUCCGUGCCGGACAAACUCAUCGUCAUGACCUACCUGUGCCAGAUCCGUGCCUUCUGCACCGGGCAGGAGCUGCAGCUGGUGCAGCUGGAGGGCGGCGGCGGCGCCGGCAUGUACCGCGUGGCCAGCGCCCCGUCCAGCCCUCCCACAGACCUGGACACGAGCGGCCUGGCGCAGCGGCUGCGCGAGCACCGGGCGGAGGCGCCAGAGGAGACCAAGGAGGCCGCGAGAUGCGUGGAUGGGGCAGCUCCCGGGGGGGCCUCUCAGGACCUCGCAGCCGAGGCCGCCCAGGAGGCGCGCUCUGCGGAGACCCCGGCCGACGGCUCUGGAGCCGGAGCAUCCGUGCCGCCCGCGGAGGGGCUGGUGAAUGGGGCUGCGGCGCCGGGCGCAGGGGCCGGCGUGCGGCUGCGGCGGCCGUCAGUGAACGGGGAGGCGGGGCCGGUGCCCCCGCCCCGCGCACACGGCUCCUUCUCCCACGUGCGCGACGCCGACCUGCUGAAGAAGAGGCGCUCCAGGCUGCGGAACAGCAACUCCUUCUCCACAGAGGACCCCGAUCCGGGGGCAGUUGCCGGAGCCGGGGCUGCGGAAGGCCCGAUCCCCACCCCCAGCCCUCCCUCAGCCACAGCCACAGCCCCACCACAGCCCGCCGGUGGCAGUCCCCCAUCAGAGGAGCCACCCCCAAGCCCAGGGGAGGAGGCUGGGCUGCAGCGGUUCCAGGACACGAGUCAGUACGUGUGUGCGGAGCUGCAGGCCCUGGAGCAGGAGCAGAGGCAGAUCGACGGGCGGGCAGCCGAGGUGGAGACGCAGCUGAGGAGCCUCAUGGAAUCAGGUGCCAACAAGCUGCAGGAGGAGGUGCUGAUCCAGGAGUGGUUCACGCUGGUCAACAAGAAGAACGCUCUCAUCCGGAGGCAGGACCAGCUGCAGCUGCUCAUCGAGGAGCAGGACUUGGAGCGGAGGUUUGAGCUGCUGAGCCGAGAGCUACGGGCCAUGCUGGCCGUCGAAGACUGGCUCAAAACGGCGGCGCAGAAGCACCGAGAGCAGCUCCUGCUGGAGGAGCUGGUGUCGCUGGUCAACCAGCGCGACGAGCUGGUCCGGGACCUGGACCACAGGGAGCGGAUCGCCCUGGAGGAGGACGAACGCCUGGAGCGCGGCCUGGAACAGCGACGUCGUAAGCUGAGCCGCCAGCUGAGCCGGCGCGAACGCUGUGUGCUGAGCUGAGGCCGCGCCGCCGCCGGUGUCCUCGGCUUUUCUGUCGCUGCUCCCGGCGUGCGCUGCGGGCGACCGAGCCGCUCGGCUACCGCACGCGGCCUGUAGGGGCCGCCGUCGCCCCUUUACUCGGAGGGGUAGGGCGGCCUUUCAGGCCCAAAAGGGGCAGGAGCGGCCGGGCGGCCGCGCCGUCGGGCCUUAUUUAUUUGUCCGUGUGUGUGUGUGUGUGUGUGUCCGUGUGUGUGCGCGCGCGCGCACGUGUGUGAUUGGGGGUCCCUGGGGCGCCUUGCAGAACCCCUCCCCGAGGGCAGGGUGCGGGCUGCCCGCCCCAGGGGAGUAGGAUGGGCGUGAACUGCCGCGCCCACGCUCCUUCUAUUGCUGUUCCUUGUGAGGAAUAAAGUUGGACA